AUGAUCAAUUCAAACAUUUCAAGAAAUGCUGGUCAAUUUGAUGCAAUUCGACAAAGAAGUCGUGGUGUAUUUGAACAAUAUUAUGGAUUUGAAAUUAAAACAUUAAAUUCACCUAUUCCAAAUGAAAAAAAUAUUGAUGGUGAUUAUCAAUUUUUUAUUCAAGAAGGAAAUAUAUAUGCAUUACAACUUUCAAGAAAUUCAACAAUAUGUUUAACUGAAGGAAUAUUUUCAUUUAUCAAAAAAUUAUUUGUAAAGAGAACAUAUAAUAAAAUUUAUGUUGAUAAAAUUCGACAUAUUUUAUAUGGAUUAUCUGAUAUUGAUAUUACUAUUUAUUCAACAAUUACUUUAGAAUAUUUUGAUACAAUUACAUCAAUUCAUUCUUCUUUAUCUGUAUUAACAAAUCAAAGUGGAAAUGAAAUUACUAUUAAUUCAUUAUUACCUUUAUCAUGUGAAAUAUCAAAUUUAUUUACAUGUAUUGUUGUUUUUUCAUCAAGAUAUAUUGGAUAUGUUUCAGGACAUUCAUUAAUUUAUGUACGAGACAUUGGAAUUGAUGAACAAAUCAUUACAUCAACCAUUAAUAGAAAUGCUAUUUUAUUAGCAACAACAAAAAAAGUUUUUUUAUUUAUUGAAAGUGAACAUAUUUCAAUGAUACAUGAUGAAGAUGUUUUUCUUGUUUCUGUUGGAGAUAUUUCAAUUACUCGUGCUAUUGCUGAUGGAAGUGGAUUAUUAUAUCCAAUAGAUGAUAUCUCAUUUUUAUGUGAAUAUGAUAAUUCUAUAAGUGAAGAAACAGAUGAAUCAGAAAUAACAGGAAAAUCACAAAGUAAUACUAUAAAAAUGUAUUAUCAAAUUACACUUCCAUCAAUUCGUAGUGUUAUUUCAAAAAGUCAAUGUACUAAUAUAACAGAAUUGAGAAAACAAUUUGAAGAAUUAAAGGAAUUAUUUGGAAAUGUUGUAGAUGUUUGUUUUGCAUAUGAAUCUAUUACAGAAAGAAAUGAGAGAGUAAGAGGAGCUGUUGGAUGUGCUAGAAAUGAAGGAAAUAGUGAAGAAGGAGAACUUGAAUUAUUAAUUACAAUAAUUCGUUCAUGUUGGAAAUUAAAUGUUUUUGAAGGAUAUGAAGGGAUAAUAUCUCUUCAAGUAUUAAAGAAAUUAGAAAAAUAUAAGAAAAUGAGUGAAAGUAUUAUAGGGAUUGGAAUUAGAGAAGUUUCACAAAGUGCAUAUGAUAUUCUUUGUAUAAUGAAAAUUAUGGGAAAAAUGCCAGUUGGAAAGAGUGGAAUUUUAAGUGUUGAAGAUGUUAUUUGUAAAGAAAAAGAAAAUGAUAUUAAAGAAGUAAUUUAUGGAGUAUUAGUAAAUGCAUUAUUAAAUGGACAACCAUUUGAAGAUCAAGUAAUUCAAAUGAAAAAUAAACAUACUAAAUUAUUUGAUAAAAAAAUGGAAAUAAAAUUAAUUGUUGAAAAAGCUCUUAUGAUGUCUCAACAAAGUACUAAUGGAUAUGAAAAUGAUAGAAAUAAAUUUGGAAUGUUAAUAUAUAAUUCAAUGAAAGAUAUGGAUACAGAGAUUUUAUCUAUAGAAGGGAUGAUGGUAAUAUCAGGAUUUCAUGAUUUAUAUAUUUCAUUAAUUUUAUUAAGUUUAAAAAAGAGUGAUAAAAUGAAGAAAGAAAAAUUAGAAUCAUUAAAGAGAGUAUUAACUGAAAUUAUGCAACCAAUAGAAAUUAUUCGAGAAAGAAUACAAAAAUCUAUGAUUAAUGAUGAAAUGUGUUGGUUAAUAAAGAAGAAUUGUUGUGAAAUUGUAAGUGGAUCAAUAAAUAUAGAAGCAGAAAAAGUAUUAUAUGAUAUUUUAAAUGAAAAUAAUCAAAUUGAUAUUAUUAUUAAUUUAUCAUCAAAUGAAAUUAAGAAUUAUUUAAAACAAUAUUGGCCAGAAAUUUUAUGGAGAUGGUAUGUUAAGAAAGGGAUGUAUGAAGAAUCAAUUAAAUGUAUUUUAAAAUUAUGUAUUGAAGAUAUUUAUUUAAUAAAAAUUAAAAUUGAAGAAGAAGAUAUAAAAAUGAAACAACCAAAUGAUAUUUGUAUUAGAUUAAGAUUAAUUGUAGAAGCAAUGAGUCUUAGUAUGAUUAUUGGAAUACAAACUCAACAAGAAUUAUUAAAAGCAUAUAAAAUAUUAAGUAUAAUGAAUGAAUUAUGUCAAAAAAUAGUUUCUAUUGAAAAUUUAUUAAUUCUUUCAACAAAACUUCAUAGAUUUGAAAUUACUUUUGAAGUUAUGUUAUUUUAUACUAACUCAAAUGAAAAACAAUUAUUAAGAUGUCUAGCAUUAUUCCUAGAAUAUGCAUGGAUGAAAGGCAUUGAUGGGUUUAAUAAUGAAGUAAAUGAAUUUUUAAAAGUAGUUGGGAAUUCAGUACCAAUCUCUUUGAUUGAUUCAUUUAAACAACAAAAAGAGAAAAGAGCAAUGAUGUAUUGA